ACGUAAUUCAUAUUCAUGAGCCACGCUUUUGACGUACUUCUUCGUAAAUUCACUGGCGGGAGGAAGGCACUGCUUGCUAGCUAAAGUGUAAUUUGUUUACUAUUUUCCGGACAGUUAUGUCUCGAAUACUCAACUGUAUUGUAGCUUUUUGUCCAGACAUGGGAAUAGGAAAAAAUGGAAAUCUGCCAUGGCAUCCAAUAAGACUAAGUAAUGAAUUCAAGCACUUUCAGAAGAUGACCAUGACCCCUUCAGUUGAGGGUAAAAAGAAUGUGGUCCUUAUGGGCAGAAAGACUUGGUUCUCUAUUCCUGCAGGAAACAGACCCCUAAAGAACAGGAUCAACAUUGUUCUCAGCAGAGAGCUCAAGACAGCCCCAGAGGGAGCUCACUACCUUGCUUCAGACUUCGGUUCAGCUCUCCGUCUGUUAGACAGCAGUGAGCUCGAAAAACAAGUGGACCAGGUUUGGAUAAUUGGCGGAAGCGCUCUGUACAAGGAGGUGAUGGAAAGUUCUGGUCCCAGGCGUCUUUUUGUAACACGGGUCCUCAAGCAGUUUGACUGCGACACAUUUAUACCUGACAUCAACAUGGACAAGUACAAGCUCUUGCCUCAAUUCCCAGGUGUUCCCAUGGGCUUGCAGGAGGAGAAUGGUGUUCAGUAUGUAUUUGAAGUAUAUGAGAGCACCGACCACUAAGAAGAUCCUUUAAGCCCGACGCUACGGUUGGAGAAGUGGCCUGGUGCGAUUGCUCUGACAUGUCGCUUGGCUAAGUUUUUAUGGGCCUGUUUGUGAAUAGGGUUUUUUAAUAGCCUCAUUUCCAGUCCACUUUCCUUGUUAAUAAAAAUGAAAUGUGAUUCCAGGACAGUUAAAAUGUUACUUAAUGAUUUUAUUCAAAAAUUUUAUGUGUGGCCUUUGCAGCUUUUUAUACAGAGGGGGAAGUAGACGGAAAAUCACGACAAGAACUCUCCCAUGAGCCCGAAUCAACAUGUUGCUAGGUCCCUGCUUAUUUGCAGCUUUUUCUCAAUUAUUUUAUUUUGAAUAUGUAAAAAGUAAUUUUCACAGACAUAAUCUUAUUUUAUUAGUAUCAGGGUUUUUUUGUUUCUGGAUUAUCACUUCAAGCAUUCAGAAAACAACAUGCCUAUUUUUGAUAAUAAAAAAAAAUUCCACAUCUGC